AUGGCGUGCGACAUGGAAAAGUAACUUGUCAUCGACUUGAGUGUAACAUAUUGGUAAUCAAAAUCCUGCCGCUAUGCCUGUCUGGUUGUUUAGUCAAGAGGGUCUUCUUCGGACCCCUUCCCGGUUAGAUGGCAUUGAUUACUCGACCGAGUGUCGCUACCGUAAGGAAGGCACCAGGUUCAUUGUGGAGUGUGGAAACAAGAUGGGACUACGUUAUGAUACYAUGGCUACAGGUGCUGUCUAUUUCCACAGAUUCUACAUGAUACAGUCUUUCAAGAAUUUUUCUCGUUGGGUAACUGGAGCUGCUUGCCUGUUUCUUGCUGGAAAAGUUGAAGAAACUCCCAAGAAAUGUCGUGAUAUAAUUAAAACAGCCAAGACACUGUUAACAGAUCCACAAUUCGAAGCAUUUGGAGAAGACCCAAAGGAAGAAGUGAUGAUCUAUGAAAGAGUUCUUCUUCAAACAAUCAAGUUUGACUUACAAGUGGAUCACCCUUACUCAUGUCUACUGAAAUUUGGAAAAGCAUUGAAAGGAGAUAGAGAAAAAUUGAAUAAAUUGGUGCAAAUGGCCUGGACCUUCAUCAAUGACAGCUUGUCAACGACCCUUUGUCUGAAGUACAGACCUGAAGUUAUUGCAGUGUCAAUGCUUGCUCUUGCUGCAAAGCUCAAUAAUCAUGACCUCCAGUCAGCUACAGGAUCACAAGCAAAACAUUGGUGGACAUCAUUUGCAAAGAAUGUCUCUGAAGUUACUGUCAAUGAAAUUAUCGAUCUCAUGCUGGUUUUUUAUGGUUACAAGAAAAAGGAAAAAGAAAAAGAAAGAAUUCUUGAAGAUACAAGUGCAGGCUCAUCGGCUGCCUCAAGUCCAUCAGUUACUUACAGUCCACCAGUCAAAAAAAGGAAGCAACUUCCAUUGCCAGUAGAGUCAAAGCCAAAAGCAGAUUCUAAGACAGAAAUCAAGCAAGCACCUUUACCUUCAGCUAUACCACCCUCAGUCAGCUCAUCAACACAACUACAGGUUGAGAACAUAAGUCCAGUUCCACCAUUGUCAACAAGACAACCCCCUACCACAACCAUGGAGCCUUCAAGGCUUGUCCAAACAUUGGAUACUUCAUUCAAGAGCAAAGCAAGCUCUGAYGUGUCUUCAAUAAGCACCACACUAACAAAUACACAAUUCACAAAUUCUAUGUAUGGUGCAACAAUGUCGGGUGUACCACUAGUUACUGUGGGGUCUUACAUGACAAAUUUACAUUAUCAGGGUUCACAGGGGUUACCCAUGGGCACUCUUUAUACAGGGCAAAGUUAUAUUUCAACAACACAAGGAGUAACACUACCUAUGCAGUACCCUCCAGCACAACUUCAAGCUCCACAGCCUUCAGGGUAUCCUCCCAUGCCCAGUGGAGGAAAUAUGUAUGGAAUACCACCUGGUAACCUAGGCGCAGUUCAGAACCCAAGCAGUUUUGGUGGUGACCCAGCUCGUGGGAUGGGUCAACCUCCACAGCCAAGACAYCCUCCACCUGUGCCACCAGCACAAUUGCUGCAAAUGCCCCAGGGGCACCCCCAUUCAAGGGCAGAGUUUACUUGGCCAAGACAGUUUGGUGUUCCCCCUCAAAAUCAACCUCCCAUGAGGGGUGGGUGGAUGCCUCGAUAAGUAACUUAUAAAAGCAUGUAAUUCGUUUUUUAGCAUAAUGGGAGCUAGACGGUAGUGUAAAAGCUAUUAUGGGAGUCAUCAUUCUACAUUGAUAGUCAAGUUCCAGACCCUUUAUAUCUUGCUCCGUUGAACUGUUGGUGGUAGGAAAAAGGGUCCAUGAACUUAAACACAUAAAAAAACAAUUGUGUGCUGAUUCUUCUGUAGUAGCAAUUAACAGUAUUUGUUUGAAGGAAUAAGACCUCAUUCAUAUGUUUAUGUAAAACAAUGAAAGUCCAGAUUGUUCACAAAUAUAUGCAAAUGCCUGAAAUUUGAAAAUGACUUGUCCUAUCCAKUGUCCAAUUUGAYAAGACAUUGUUUCCUUUUUUUAACUGAAACUUUGYACAAAUUUAUAUGUUGCAAACUUCAUUAAAUACAAAACUACAACAUGACAAUCGCCACAUGAUCGACUUGCUUAGCUUAUAGUGGCCUGGUCACACCAUGUGGUGUAAUCCAAUGCAUGCGCAUGCAAGUUUUUCUGGGCCCUUUCCACACCACCAACAGUUGUAUGGAAUGGGCUAAUACAUGUAGAAAGGGUCUUGGAGAAAUUGAGCAAAAAAGGAAUAAUUUUUACUCACAACAAUGACUUCAGUCCAAACCUCAAUAACAUGGCAUAUUUUUAUGGGAGAAAAUAACUCCAUUUAACAUGCAUGAGCAAUUGAUGUAAAUAUCUGUAAAUCUUCCUAUAUUACGUGCAUGUAUAGAGUAGAUAUAUCUCAAAACCUUAUUCUUAAUAGGUUGUUGUGUUAAAGAACUGUUAGCGUUAGAACUAUCAAUUAAUUUGAGUUUUGCACAAUGCACUGCAUUCUAUGUUAGGUUAUGUUAGCUAUUUUGUUUGUAUUAUAAAUGCAGUUAGUUGUCGCUGCCACUGCAAUAGUCAUCAAUAUGCAUAUUAUUUUUUGUUAAUGCCAUUAUUGUAUCCAGAUCCUUAUCAGCUUCCUAAAGGAAAAUCAAAAAGGCCGAGGAGGGUCUGGGUAUCGAAAAUUGAUCUUCCUUUAGAAAACUAGGGAGAGUCUGGGUACGAGAAUGCCUGUUCUUCUGAAAAUAUAGAGAACAUUUUGAUGUACCCUGGCAAACAAACAGAGAAGGAAGAUUGAGUGGAUAGGAACAGCGUGUUUGCAGAGUAUUUUUUAAUAAAAUGAUUGCUAAAAAAAAUUAAUAAUAACAAAAAAGGAGCAAUCAGACAAAUCUGUAAACUAAGAAUAUUUUAAUAAUUGUAGGGACAAAAAAAAGUAACAAAUAUCUGUAUUAUUUAAGUAUUUUUAUUAAACAGUACUUCAUAAUAAUAAUAAUUGUAGAUUACUAUUCAAUUAUUAUUCAAUUAUUAUUCAUAAAUCUUAAAUUGUAUAUUUUUUGCUGCAGCCAUGGAUAAUAAAAACAAUCAUGUUUGUAUUAUCUAUGCUGUAGCUCAGUGAUCAUGGAAAUAUAGAUAUUCCUUUAUUGCAAAAACAUAUAAUAUCUUAAUAAUAUUACUUUCAUUAUCAUUGGGAGUGGCUUUUGGACAUUCAGACUUGAAGUGAUGGCGUGAUUAAAUCCAUCAACAGGUCAUGUGACAGUAUAUCUUGAAUAUCAGAAUUAUUUCAGAAUGGAUCAUUUUUAGGGUAAUUUAAUCAUAAUCAAACAAAAAUAGCUAAAAGCUUCAGAAAUUAAAAUUAACCAGUCCUCUGCAUUUCCAUUGCAAGAUGAAACAAUAUUAGCUAGUUUUGCUAUUACUGAAAAUUCCUCUUCACUAAUGGAAUUAAAURUAUGACACACGAUGCUUGAUUUUGUUAGGACAAUAAAGUCAACUGACCAUCC